AAGAACCGUUGCCCAAAGAGAAGCCUCAUUUGCAGUCGUUUCAGGACUGAACAACAAUGCAGCUUCAGCAAUUGCCGACAGCAGAAAUAAUACUCAACCACCCAUCAUUAUUAUUGUAUAACCAGGACAUGACAGAAGCACAGAUGCAAGCCCGGGUGAGUGGUGCCGCCGUCAAGGAUAGUGGUGGCGUGCAGGAGCAGGGUGGACUUGCUGGGACCACUAGUGUCAUGUUUGGCGAUGACAAGAACGCUUACAACAAGGAAGCAACCGUCGAGGAAGGAGCCAACCUCGCAUCAACGGCUCGUCGCCGAAUUUUUCUUCACCGCGUCACUGAUCAGAAUGGCAAGCCCAAGGCCGCUGUCGCCAGCAAGAUUGGCAAUGACAAUGAUUCUGACGGCAAGACAGUAGCCAAUCCAGCUGGCUCAAGAGAAAAGCGUUGCCAUGACAAACAAUUUGACGGUGGCGCCACCAAGGAGACUGGUUCGGUGAUCUCCACAAUUGCAACCGAUUUGACCGAGGAGUCAGACACCUUUGAUCCGUUUAGCGAAAAUGAGAAGGAGACUGUUGAUCUCGGUGCUGGGAACAAUGACACUCUCAGAAGUGAGCCUUCUCCUGCUGAUGGCAAGGCCAAUGACAAAUCUGUCAAUGAGGAAAAGGAUGAUGCGGGUACUCCAAGCGGUGGAUCCGAUUUGGCGCUUGUCCAUGCAGGUGUGCGUACAGAGGAUGUCCGCCUCGGCGAGCUCAAUCCUGGGGAUGUGAUUGCCGAAUUAAAUGUACCGCGUGGUCAACCGAAGCCGUGUCUGCAACAGCACGUCACCGUCAAGGAGAUUCAUAGCAAUUAUUCCAAUGAUUUGAUCAUUUUCAAAGACAAGAAUGGCGAGCGUGGCGAAGUUUCCAUUGCAACAGGUGAUGAAAAGUACAGGAUCCUUCGGUACAUCAAACCUACUGACAAUGAAAUGGCCGCAAGCCACGUGCCAGAAGAGCGUCGGUUGGUGCGCGUCCGUCCGUGUGACCUCAAGGAGGAUGUCAAGGUUGCCAAGCUGAUCUGCACUGAGCUCGGAACCCGCAAUAAUCCACGCAGCAUUUUUGAAAACCUCCAAAUCACCAAGAUCGAAAGCCUUCUUUGCUCCUGUGUGGACAAUGAUGGCGUCGAACGUCAAAUUGUUCUUAGCCCCCCUUGUGAAAUCUAUGUCACGGAGCAAGUAGCGGACCCUUUGAUUACCGUCCCUGAAGAGAUGCAAUUUGGAUACGUUGAAGCUGUUGAGAAUGUGGACGGACUCUUUGACCAGCAGAAAUUCGACAAUCUCGUAAGCAGUCAGUGUGAAAAUCGUCAUUCAAAGAAGAGGCCAAAGACACGGGCUGUGAACGAUGUUUUCAUUGAAAUGGUUUUUGUCUACCGUGAUGGGUACGAGAAGAAAUAUGCCGAACUCAAGAAGAGUGGCCAAUCUGAGGAACAGGCGACGACGAAGGCUCGGGCAGAAGGCCGAAAGAACGUCAAAGUCAUGUAUGAAGCACACAACAUGCCUGCCGAUAUGUGGGAGUGGAAAGAUCUCAGUGCGGUCAUCCCCGACUAUGGUGUUGGGUACGUUCAGAUCAAUGGCGUGAAGCGCCUAGGUCUCAUGAAGGGAACCUCCAAGUGUGGAGAGAGCGUCAAGAUGAAGUUUGAUAUCCCUCAGGACAUGCUGUAUGGUACUCUCCUGUCCAUUGGUAAGGCGUGUGGAGCAAUCACCGAAGGUCGUGAAUUCACGAGUGAUUGUCGCCAAAAACUGACAAAUGCGGUGACGGAGUUGCCAAUUGUGAUCAACGUGGGGCAUAUCUUGAGCCGGAUGUGGAGCGAUGAUGUCAAGCCCACCGAACAACUUGCCAUCGUACCCAGAUCCACUCGCUAUCAAAACCCCAUCGGACCGGAUUUGCCUCCCCCGGCUUCCACUGUUACUUUUUACAGACCAUUUCCCGGUUUGGGCGACCUUUCACCGUCAAUCAUUUAUGGCGUGCUUCCUCGAGGAAUCUCCGGUGGCCUUGGUGAAGAUCCGUUCCACGCACCAAAGGUCAAGGUCCUUCCACAACAACAAGGCAGCCGCCGCCGAUUUACCCAGAAACCAACAGCGCUGCAACAGCAACCACCACCCACAGCGAAGGAGGACACAACCCAGGAGGGGACGGGAAUCAUCCCAAGCAAGGGGUGCACCUACCAAGAGGAGAUGCCGAUCAAUGAGCGAAUCUCCCGCGAUGGGCAGGAAACCGCUCGAGAGAAGAUUCGCUAUCAGGCACAAGUUGCUCUGGAGAAACUGCGUGCGGAUGAGCGACGAAAGAAUCGGGCAGAGGAUCUAAAGCGUCAGGCAGAGGAGCGAGAGGUCGAUCGAAAGCGCCAGGCAGAGGUGUACGAAAAGCAGGUAGCAGCUGCGGCCGAGAUGGCGACGCUCAAAGCCCAGGCUGAAUUCGACAGAGAGAGACGAAUCGACGCGCAAAAGAAGCAAAAAGAAGCUGAAGAAAAGAUGGCUGCGGCUGAAAAAGACAAGGAAACUCGUUCGGAUGUCACCGAAGCGGUAGACGAUCUACGUGAAGCCGUUGAUGGCAUGACUGUGACUCUCGAAGAACAGAGUGAGAGAAUUACAGCAGUCGGGGAACAAGUCACCGAGGCAGUGACUGCUCUGGUGCCUGAUGUACCACCAGGCACACCGUUAUUCACCAUACGGGAUGAUCGCGAGGUUCUCCACCAGUAUCUGGAGGGGGCUCGAAUCCGAGAAACGAAAGGCAAAAAUGCUCGCUAUGGAAAGGUGAAGGGUAUGACACGCAGCGGACGAUUCCAAAUUGAGUGGGACGAUGGCACUCGAAGCGCGAAAAUGCCACACACCAUUGGACCAGCAUAAGUACUGGUGCUAGUACGGUACUAGUAUCCUUUACAGAACAUCUCAACACUGCCUCUGGAUCGAGCGAAUGAAUUGGUUGGGGGGGGUCCCAUUUCGCUUAGAUUUCUGUUGCUGAAAUAAAUUGUGCCAGCAGCAGAGGAUUUGCCCUUUAGAUAAAUGCAUCUGCAUACAAAGUAAUUCAUUGCUUAAUAUUUC